AUGGCGCUCCCCAACCCUCCUGGUCUCCUCCCCGCCGAAGUGGCGUUUCUGUGCGAAAUGGAACAAGUAACCAUCGUCCCGCGCCAGCGCCUUGAUCGCCUCGACUUACUGGGCGGCACCACACGGCCUCUCAUUCCCCCGCAGAAAACAACGCUUCCCCUGUGGCUUGCAAUUCUAUUAAAACGCCAACGACGUGCCAACAUCGUCCCUCCUCCCUGGCUGUAUCCGGAAAGUCUGGAAGAGAUCCUCGAACUAGAGACCAAGCACUUCCAAGACUCAUUUUCUCUACCUCCUACAAUACCUCCUACGAGACAGGCAGACUUUGCAGGGAAGUCGUUCUACGCCACAACCCCGUUUGUCGAAUCGUGCACUGCGUCCGCCACUCCCAAUGCGCUACCAUACCAUUGGUAUGAGAUUUCCGAAAUGUUGCUGGAAGCCGCGAGCGACGAUGUCGCCCAGCCCGACAGGGUACGACAGCUACUCAGAGAUCUGCGAGAAGUUCGACUGGCCAAGAUACGCAAAGAGGUGGAAACCUUGGCCGGCGACGGGGAAGGUACGCGCUUAGAUGGCGUAGGCGCCAUGGAGCUGUCCGAAUCCCGAGGCUUUCUCACGGGAGUGAUAGGCGGGCUCCGAAAGAUUGAUGCUAGCAGAGAACAGGCGAGGCGAGAUCGUGAAGAAGAGGAAAGAGAGAACAGGAGGGAUAAUGAUGAUGACGACGACGAAGACGACGAGAUGACAUGA